AUGGCUCGGUCCAACACUGGGAGCAGCGCUGAAACACACAAGGACGUCUUGGUAUUAGAAGGUUUUAUGGCAUCACCACAGCAACCACAACAAUCGACAAACACCAACCCAUUAGCGGGUAAAGGGAAGGAAAUGGAGCAACCAACAGGUGGACGUAAUGACACUUAUAAACCAACAACGCAAUAUCUUUGA